UUUUUUUUUUUAACACGUGCUGCUGGAUUUGGCAUUAGCAAACUCAACAGUUCCAUUUCAAGUUCCAACUCCACUUCUCUAUUCUCUAGAUCAACAUGUCGAAGCUAGUUUGCGUCACCGGCGGCAGCGGAUGCAUCGGUUCCUGGCUCGUCCAUCUCCUUCUCCACCGCGGCUACACCGUUCACGCCACCGUCCAAAAUCUCAACGAUGAGAACGAGACGAAGCAUCUAGAAGCUCUCGAAGGAGCCCAAACCAACCUCCGUCUCUUCCAGAUCGAUCUUCUCAACUACGACACAGUCCUCGCUGCUGUACACGGUUGCGAUGGUGUUUUUCACCUCGCUUCGCCGUGCAUUGUUGAUAAAGUUCAUGAUCCUCAGAAGGAGCUUCUGGAUCCUGCAGUUAAAGGGACUGUGAAUGUUCUUACUGCGGCUAAGGAAUCAGGGGUGAAGCGCGUGGUUAUCACGUCGUCUAUCUCGGCGAUUACUCCUAGUCCUGAUUGGCCUUCUGAUGUUGUCAAGAGAGAGGAUUGUUGGACUGAUACUGAAUACUGCAAGAAUAAAGAGUUGUGGUAUCCAUUGUCCAAGACACUGGCAGAGAAAGCCGCUUGGGAUUUUUCCAAAGAAAAUGGUUUGGAUGUUGUUGUGGUGAAUCCCGGUACUGUGAUGGGCCCUGUUAUUCCACCAAGGAUUAAUGCAAGCAUGCUCAUGCUUGUUCGACUUCUUGAAGGUUGCACUGAAACAUAUGAAGAUUAUUUUAUGGGAUUGGUCCACUUCAAAGAUGUAGCAUUGGCACAUAUUUUGGUAUACGAAAACAAGGAAGCUACUGGCAGACAUUUGUGUGUUGAAGCUAUUUCUCACUACGGUGACUUUGCGGCAAAAGUUGCUGAACUUUAUCCAGAAUACAAUGUGCCUAGGAUAAAACAAGAUACGCAACCCGGAUUGUUGAGAGCAAAGGAUGGAUCAAAGAAGCUCAUGGAUUUGGGUUUAGAAUUCAUUCCAAUGGAGCAAAUUAUCAAGGAUGCUGUAGAGAGUUUGAAGAACAAAGGAUCCAUUUCUUGAAUGAUGUUACUUUAUGAGUGGUUAUGCUAUCAGUUGAGUUUGUAUAAUAUGUUUUCAAUGUUUGUAUGCAAAGUGUCGCUUAACUUUGAAUAUUUAUCAUUGUCAUUCUGGUUUUAAAUAAUGAGGUAAAUAGAGAGAAAUAAGACUUUCAGUUA